AUGAAGUUGAAUGUCGCCUAUCCACGGAACGGCACCGUCAAGCAGGUUGAAGUAACCGAUGAGGUCCUCCGCCGUGUCAACUUGGGCGACUACCGCCUUGGCAACGAGGUGGACGGCGCCAUAUUUGGUGAGGCCUUUAGGGGUUACACCUUCAAACUUCGUGGCGGUUCCGAUAAAGAGGGAUUUCCAAUGGUGCAAGGCGUAAUGGCCCCAAGUCGUGUGUCACUUCUUGUGAAGCGUGGCGCUGUUGGCUUCAACACCUUCCGUGGUUAUCAGGGUGAGCGUCGCCGCAAGUCCCUCCGUGGCUGCAUUCUUGGGAGCGACAUUGCCGUGCUGAACGUCACUGUGGAGAAGGUCGGUGAGCAACCAAUCGAGGGUGUGACAGACGUGUCGGUACCUCGGCGUUUGGGACCCAAGCGCGCGAACAAAAUACGUAAGCUCUUCAAUCUCGGUCGCACGGAUGACGUACGCAAGUAUGUGAUCCGUCGGAAGGUGACGAAAGAGGGCAAGAAGGACCGUUUCAAGGCACCCAAGAUCCAACGUCUCAUCACCUCCACGAUUAGGGCACGCCGCGCCAAGAAAGUGCGCGUCGCCAUUGAUAAAGUUCGCAAAUCGGCAGCCGAGCGCCGUGAGUACCUCCGCCUCGUUGGUGCUCGCCGCCGCGCUGCCCGCCAGCGUAAGGCGGCUCGUCAUCACUCAAGCAGGGUGAAUGCACAGAGGAAGGAGGUUGAUGCCUUCAAGGCACGGAAGUAG